GCGGGGUGCUGUGCAUUGUGCAUGCCCAUUGAGAUGAACGGCUACCUAGGUACCGUGGGGUGGCGGCGGCGGCGGCGGCGGAGGUGGUGAGCUCUUCUUUCAUAUGCCAUUCGUCUUAUCUGAUCUAUCUCUGUCUUGUCUCAUUUUGAAGCUCUUCCCGCCCUGCCAGCCAUCCCAUUGUCCAUGUCUUCUACCGUUUUCCCCUCAUUCGAUACGCUUUAUCGCCAGCCCUUAUCGGGGUCUGCAGCCGCCGCCUCACAAAAUGAUACCCCAGUGCGCAUUGCUACCAGCGAAGCGAGCUUUGCCCGAGGUGACACCCUCUUGACCACCGACGCCAUAGUUGAGGCCUAUGCACGUGUGGUCGCUGCUGUGACGGGUGAAGAGGAGGUAGCUUUCCGCUACUCUCUUCCACCGGCUUCUGAAGCUGGAAUAGCCAUUGCUGCACUUGAUAAUGCUGAAGAGCUUGGGACCGGCAUUGAUAGCAAGAGGGCUUGCUCUAUAAACUGCUACCCGGCAUCUUCCAAUGAAUGCCUAAACGUCCAAACGGAUUUUGCUCUCGAGGUCCUUGCUCAUGGAGAAACCUCGAGCAUCUUGCAGUUGCCUUUCAUCUUCCGCGUGGAGCUAGGAAAUCAAAUUGCCCUCGGACUCUCCUUCUACCGGCACCUCGUGUCUGACGUGAUUGCAGGCUCUAUUCUCAGAUCAGCUGCAGAGUAUUUUGUGAAACGUUCUUAUUUGCGGCCUCUGGGAAUCUCCCCACAUCUAGUUCUGUCCGCACUGAACUACCCAUCCCUCAACAGGCCACCCCGCCUCCACGAGGAUCUUGACGAAGGAUAUAAUGAGGAUGGACCGGCGCUACUCCAUGGUGCGUUCAUGAGAAGAGCAAAGACGAACCCCGAUAGGCCGGCUCUGGAUUUUCUCUCGUCUCUGCCCUCUGGAGACUCUCCUGCCAGCCAUGAUAUUCUCAAUUAUGCCGAGCUUGAUUGUCUUACCGAUGCCUUGGCCGCUUUCAUGAGGAAUAGAGUACCUUUGGAGGGCAGGCAACCGAUUAUCCCUGGGCUCAUGUCAUCGUCAGUUGAGCUCUAUGUAUCCUGGCUUGCAACAUUGAAGACCGGCUUUGCUUUUUGCCCAAUCUCCCCAGAUGCUCCGACCAGCCAGGUGCUCUAUCAAUUUCAAGAUGUAUCUGCCUCUUUGGUAUUGAGUCGAGGGUCUGAGGCCAAUGCACUCACUGGAGAACUGGAUCAUGGAUACGAUUGGAUAGAUGUGGCGGCCUUCAUUCAGCAGUGGCGGGCUUCCCCGACGACCAAGAGUACUGUUGAUUAUACUCAAGCCCUUGACGAGAAUGACCUUGCAUAUGUCAUGUACACCAGUGGAUCUACUGGCGUCCCCAAAGGCGUCAAGGUUUCACACCUUGCGGCUACAUGCACGAUAACAUCUAGUUCCGUGUAUUUGACACAAAGGGCCUCUCAGAACCCAUCUCGCUGGUUCCAGUUCGCCGCACCAACUUUCGAUCCUUCUAUUUUAGAGAUUUUUGUCACAUUUUCAACUGGAAAUACACUCUGCUCGGCGGAGCGUGAAGCAAGCCUCACUGACCCCGAAGCAACCAUUACAGAGCUUCAGGCGACUGUGAUGAUGGCCACGCCUUCCAUGGCUGCCAUCCUGAACCCGGAUAAGGUCCCGACUCUGAAUGAUCUCUGGGCCAUGGGCGAACCCCUGAACCGAAAGGUCAUCGAGGGAUUCUCUUCGGACUCGCCUGCAUACAUUGAGCGAAAGGCAAAGACAGCCACAGAUCCUAGUGGUGUGGGCCUUCUCAAUGCAUAUGGUCCUACUGAGGGCACUAUCAUUUGCACUCUGGUCGCCGAUUUUUCUGUCACUGAUAGGGGAUCGAUCAUUGGAAAGCCUUUGCCAACCUGUUCCAUGUUCAUCAUGGACCCUUUACUGAAGAUCCCAACGUUGAUGCCCCUGGGAUUCCCUGGUGAACUCAUCAUCGGCGGACCUCAAGUCGGCACGGGCUAUCUGAACCGGCCAGCCGAAACCGAGAAGGCCUUUGUUUUCAGUGACCAAUACGGCAAGCUCUACCGUACCGGUGAUCGAGCCAAAAUUGUUGAAGACCGAGAUGGGAACUUCACCAUCGAGAUCCUUGGCCGUAUCACGAUGGAUCAAGUCAAGCUUAGUGGGCGGCGCGUUGAGCUUGGUGACAUUGAGAACGUUAUCGCCAGGGUGGAGGGUAUCAGAGAUGCCGUGACUGUUGUGCAUAAGCCCAUUGGCGGCGGCUAUGGCAGUGAACAGGUUGUAGGAUGCGUGCUCCCACAGCUAGACGCUGACCAAGUUGAGUUGGCCAGUUCAUGCCAGGCCGUGGCGAAACAGUGGCUCCAGCCCCAUAUGCAUCCUUCAAAGUAUUUCUUCCUGGAACAAAUGCCUCGAUCUCGUAAUGGCAAGAUCGAUCGCAAAGCUCUAGUCAAUCUUGUUGAGGAACUUUGGACCAAGCCUGAUUCAGACUCUACAGAGGAAGCCGAAGACGACGAAAUUUUAGAUGAAAGGAUUCAGCCCAUGGUCCUCGAGGGGGUUGCGGAUGUAUGCAAUGUCUCCGGCGCAAGUAUUAGACUUUCGGCAGAGCUUCUUUCCUAUGGUUUCGACAGUCUCCGUGCGAUGCACUUUUUGCAAAAGGCACGCGAAGCUAGGCUCCGCGGCCUCACUGUUGGCGAUGUUGUUACAUGCCGCACAUUCCGAGACCUGGUCAUCAAGUACAUUGAGUCAUCUAAAGCCGAACAGCAAGACACCUCGGUGAUUACAGAUCUCGCUUCCAGAGCAUGGAAAGAAACCGUUGCUUCGUUCCGUGACAAGCACGAAGCAAAUUGCUCUGCGUAUUUGAACGUCUCAGCAAACGACAUCGAAAUGAUACUUCCCACUACUGCUACACAGUCUGGUAUGCUUGCAAGCUUCUUGCGUAGCAUGGUCGACACUUCGUUGGUUAAGCACUACAUCCACCACUCUGUCUACGAGGUUGCGGCUGGCCACAACAUUGACGCUGUGGGCGAUGCCUGGGUACAGGUGCUGCAGAGGUGCGAUGCAUUCCGCAUUGUAUUCGACUCGGUCGAUGAUGACUUAGCACCUUUUGCGCAGUGUGUACUGUCACCCACUUGCCCCCUUGCCCAGAUCGUCGUCAAGUCCUACAUUUGCCGCGUGGAGAACGAUCAUGACAAACUAGUCGCUAAGGCAUUGGGGGAUGCUGAGGCUUCCAUCAGUUUGGACAAACCUCCUUUCAGCCUCGCCAUUGUACAAUCUUCCAGCCGCAGCACUGUCGUUCUCAGCUUGUUUCAUGCUAUCUUCGACGGAGGCUCUUUGCAGCUGUUGGUGAAGGACGUAGAGGACCAAUAUCAUCAUUGGGAUUCCGCACCUAGGACUCAGGUGGAUGUGGCAGUCGCACGCCACUUCCAGUCUGACCGCCAACAGGCCAAGAAUUAUUGGCUCCAACAAUUGGAGGGAUUCACUCCGAGUGUUUUCCCUUCCUUAUCUCUCUCGCAACCAGCCUUCCUACCAAAGAGCCCUAGUGUUUCAACGGUACUAGCCAAGAGCAACAUGAAGGAUCUGUUGCUUGCGUCCAAGGCGUCUCAUAUAUCUUCCUUGGCCGUGCUACAAACUGCUUGGUCUCUCAUCCUGUGUGCUUACACAGCAAAGGAUGAUGUAGUUUUUGGCAGUGUUAUCUCAGACCGAUACAGUCAGGAGACGGCGGAUUGUCUCGCGCCGACCUUUGUGACCGUCCCAAUCAGGGUAUCGGCCGGAUCAGCGGAACUUACUGCAGUAGACAUCGCAAAGCGCAUCACAAGCCAGAAUUCUGAUGCUCUGCACAACCUCCAUACACCUCCAAAUUCUCUCGCCACCUCUGAAGGUCGGUUGCCUUACGAUACUCUGAUCGCUUUUCAGAGUUUCUCCGGUGCGGCGAAGAAUAGUGGCCUCUGGACUUCGAUCGACUAUCCGCCCAUGGGCAAUGAUUUUGCUACUAUGAUUGAGGUCUGGCCCACGGAAAACGGUCAAUUACUUCUGAAGGCUACCUACGAGUGCAAGCAUCUGGACGAUGUUGCGGCUGAAACCAUGCUCAAGCAACUCGAUGACGCUAUUUGCUUCGUUCUUGAACAUCCCACGAGACCUUUCCUUGAUGGCCGCUUUAUCGGAAGACAGGAGCUCCUCUCUGCUUCGGCGGAAAUCGUUUCUCCUGAGGAUACAAAUGAGACCAUGGUUCUUCACUCGCCAUUUGAGAAGCAUGCGCAAGAGAGCCCUGAAUCUUUGGCUCUAGAUUUCUACUAUGGCUGUGAUGACUCCGCGGAGCGUGUCCGCUGGACAUAUGCCGAGUUAAACGAGAGAGCCAAUAACCUGGCCCUGCAUCUAGUCAAGCGAUUAGGCAGCCUCAAGGAUCGUGUGGUUCCUAUCUGCAUGGAAAAGUGCCCCGAGCUCUAUGUGGCCAUUUUGGGUAUCGUAAAGGCCGGAGGUGCAUGGUGUCCCAUUCACCCCGACUUUCCUCCCCGCAGACGCCAUGAUUUAAUCGAGAGGACUGACGCUACCCUUGUCCUCGUUGCGCAUGCUACAGAAGAGCUGGACCCUGCUUCAGUACCUCAAGGUGUCGAAACAUUAGACAUCACCGGCUGUCUUCCUGCACCCGAGGAAUCUUCCGCGCUGCCAACGGUCGAGCCAGAGAACCUUGCAUACUUGAUCUUCACAAGCGGAACCACUGGCCCACCGAAGGGAGUUCCUAUCGGCCACAAGGCUGCUGCAUCGGCGAUGCGGUCACUCAGCAAGACGAUCCCCUACGACACAAAGACCGGCGUUGUCCGCUUCCUUCAAUUUGCUCAGUAUACAUUUGAUGUUUUUGUCCAAGAUCUCUUCUACACUUGGCGCAUUGGAGGAACCGUGGUGUCUUCAUCCAGUGACCUUAUGCUUGAUUCCUUUGUACGAUUGUCAAACUUCACGCGCGUUACACAUGCGCACCUGACACCUGCCUUUGGCAGCGCUGUGUCUCGCGAAGAGAUUGAGACUUUGGAAGUCAUUACCAUGAUCGGGGAAAAGCUGACACAACCUGUUGCGGAUGAUUGGGGCACCAAUAUGCGCGGUUACAAUACUUACGGUCCCGCCGAAGCUGCUGUGGUCUCGACUGUCCAGGAAUUUGGCCCCAACCCAGAGCAUAUCAAGAGCUCCAAUGUAGGAGUACCUCUGGAAACGGUUGGCGCGUAUGUCAUUCAAGACGGACGAGUCGUCAUGCGAAACGCUAUUGGAGAGCUAGCCCUUGCUGGUGAUCAGCUUUCUCAAGGAUACUGGAAAGAUGCGGAUAAGUCCGCCGAGAAGUUCAUAAUGAGCGAAAGCCUGGGUCGGACGCUUUACCUCACCGGUGACCUUGUCAGACAACUCGGAGAUGGCUCCAUCGACUUUGUUGGCAGAGAUGACGAUCUCGUUAAAAUUGGUGGCCAGCGUGUCGAGCUAAGUGAGAUUGCGUAUUUCUUGCGGUCAAGCCAUCCGGCUGUGCAGCAAGUCGAAGUACUCUAUCUCGAAUCCCAAAAGCGAGCCGGCAAGAUGAUUGUCGCCUUCCUUUCCGUUCCUGUAUUUGACAAUGCGGUGGCCAAGUUCACUCCUGUCACCACUUCAGAAGCGACAAAGCUUAUCGAGACGGCGCGAGACAGCGCUCGGCGGCUGCUCCCUGGCCACAUGAUUCCAGAUGUCUUCAUUGUCUUGCCUAAGAUGCCUCGCACACCUUCUGCUAAGGUCGAUCGGCAUGUUCUGAAGCAGAUCUGCUGCGACUUUGAGGCUUCCUUGGUUGACGAAGUCGCUGCGGAUGAGCUGGACGACGAUUGGAGAGAGACCAAUCCUGUUCUUGUCGAUGUCAUUGCUCAGACCACGGGAGUCUCGAAAGGAUCUAUCAAACCUAAUGGCUCUCUCGUGGCACUUGGGAUUGAUUCCCUCGGUGCUAUCAGGCUCGCUGCAAAAAUGAACUCCUGCAACUACACACUGUCAGUGCUUGACGUUCUCAGGUGCAAGACUAUCUCCGACAUUGCCACCUUCACAAGCUUGAAGCAGUCGCGGAAGGCACUGCAGCAGGGGAUGCAGGAUUUCCACCGUGAAUGGUACGAGACCGUGGCCGAAUACCUACAAACUCGUGAUCUCCGGGUCGCGCCAGCGAGCUUCCUCCAAGAGAGCUUGCUUGGAGAGUCUAUGCGUAACCCCGAGACUUACUGGAGCAACCACUUCUUCGAGCUUGACGCUAAAAUCGAUCUCGAGCGUCUGCGUGAUGCUUGGCAUCAUCUUGUCGCAGAGACGGAGGCUUUGAGGGCUGGUUUCAUCCCUAUCGCUGCAAUUGCCAACCCACCUGCUUCGAAGAACCCCAACUCGACUUUCUUGCAGGUCAUCUAUGAUGACGCCGAAGUCGAUUGGAAAAUCCGGGAGGUUCAAUCUGAAACCAUUGCCAGCAAAGCCAAGAACGUUGCAGCUACCAUUGCACAGCAGCGCCAGUCGGCCUUCUUCCGCAACUCGCCCUGGGCUGUCACAAUCCUGCAGGACGGUGGUUCCCGGACAAUGAUGCUGACAAUCCAUCACUCUUUGCACGAUGGGCCCGCUCUAGACUACAUGCUGGCUGAUCUGGGUGCGAAAUACAAUGGUUCCUCCAUAAAGCCAAGAUGCCAUUUGCUCGAAGCACUGGCCAUUGCAAAGUCGGAAACGAGCUCAGAGGAUGUUGAUGCUUUCUGGAGAAAGGAGCUCCAAAAUUUUGCGGCUGAGGAUGUUAUCAAGCCUGAAAGCCCUCAAGCAAGUGCUGAAGCCGCCAAGCAAACAAAGAUGAGAAGCCACGAAAUUGUCUUGGAGACUUCUAAGCAAGAACUGCAGAGUGCCGCCCGACGCCUCUGCGCCAACUCGAUGAACACGCUCAUCCGCACGGCAUGCGGCUUCAGCCUGGCGGAGCUUCUCGAAGUCCAGAAUGUUGUCUUUGCGGAGGUCCUUUCUGAUCGCAUUAUUGACUCCAAGCUGCAAGAAGCUGUAGCCCCUCUGAUCUCCGUUGUUCCUGUGCCGUUCAGCGCUACUGGAAAUACUAAAGACUUGGUUGCGGAACAGAGCAGGAUUUCUCGAGCAACCUGGGAACAUCGCCAUGUAAGGCCUGCUACUGUGCGUCAGAUUAUCAGGCGUCCUCAGGACCAGGCGCUCUACCCGGCGGUUUUUGUUUUCCAUCCAGAGGGUCAUGCGGAUGCUGAGACACCUCCUGUCCCUUGGAAGGCUCUUGAUGAUCUCGUUGGACUAAAUGUCGAACACACUAUCGCCUUUAAUGUGUGGCAGAAUACCGAGCAAAAGAUCGUCCUUGAAUUUUCGGCUGCAGACGACAUCAUGACGCGCCAGCAUCAGGAGAUAUUUGUCCGCCAGAUCGACGCACUUCUUGCCGCUAUGGUCGAGCAUCCGGAAAGCCCCAUCGCGGACCUCCCUGAUUUCUUCCCAGUCGAACUCAGAUCGGUGACGCCUCGCCGUCCCAAUACCACAUGCCCUGCUGACUACGACCCAACUUGGUGGGUCGAGCACUGGGCCCAGACACAUCCUGACUGGAAGGCUGUCGAGGUCGCGACGCAGACUUGGCCAGACAUAGUCUCGAGUUCUUGGACGUAUAAAGAGCUGGACGACUAUGGAAACCGUGUGGCUGCUUCUAUCAGGAAGCAGGGUGUCGUCAAUGGCACCGUGGCUAUUUGUCUUUCGCGCACGUUGGAGGCUUUCGGCAUUAUCCAUGGUAUCUUAAAGUCGGGAAACACUUAUCUUCCAUUGGAAGAGAGUUUGCCGAAUGAACGCAAGGUCUUCCUUGUCCAGGAUAGUGGCGCUUCAGUGCUGUUCACUACUUCUGAAUUGUUUGAGACGCCAGAUGACUUCCAUGCCAAGGUCUUUGACGUUGAGAGCUCGGAGUUCUGCACUGAACUUGACUCUUUUAGUAGCGAGACUGUUCCCGUAGAGUACCAGCGACAUGCUCCCGCUUAUAUCCUCUACACGUCUGGUUCUACCGGCAAGCCUAAGGGAGUCCUUGUCAGCAGGCAGAAUCUUGCUUCUUUCAUGCAAGCUCAGUCGGAGUUCAUCUGCGAAGUCGUUCCAACAACACCCAGUCUGGCGGGUACUGGUAAAUAUCUCAAUCUGGCCAGCAGAGCAUUCGACGUCCAUAUCGGCGAGAUGUUUCUCGCUUGGAGGCAUGGUCUUACCGCCGUUACAGCCAAGCGGGCACUCCUUCUCGAUGAUCUUGGUGCUGCCCUUAAGAAUCUCAAGGUCACCCACGCCAGCUUUGUGCCUUCGCUUCUUGACCAAGCCGGACUGACGCCAGACGAUGCACCCGAUCUUCACUUCUUGGGCGUUGGUGGUGAGAAGAUGACUGAAAAGACUCGGAAGCUCUGGGGUGGUCAUGAUCGCGUCGGUCUUAUCAACGCUUACGGCCCUACAGAGGUCACUGUCGGCUGCUGUUCCGGUCGCCUGCUGCCUAACUCCGAUCCCAGGAGUAUCGGCAGCCCCUUGGGAGACUCGAUCGGCCAUGUCCUUCGGCCAGGCACCGAACACUACGUGAAGCGCAUGAUGCCAGGCGAGCUCUGCUUCAGUGGAGACCUCGUUGCUAUCGGCUAUCUGAACCGUCCUGAUGCGCAGGGCUUUGUCGAGGACUUCAAUGGGGUCCGGAUGUACAGAACAGGAGACAUUGUGCGUCUGAUGCCUGACAACUCUAUUGAAUUUAUUGGACGAAAGGAUGAUCAAGUCAAGAUCAGAGGCCAGCGCGUCGAGCUCGGCGAGAUUUCUGAAGGCGUGAGAACCUCGUCUCCAGACGCGAUUGAUGUGGCGACGCUUGUGCUGAAGCACAAAGAGCUUUCCCGCCAGCAACUGGUCGCUUUCGUAGCCCGUUCUACGAAGGCCACAAAGGCCAAAAAUAAGCAGCUUGCUUUCUUGGACGAAGAGUUUGACAGUAUUAACGCUCAGCUACGUCCGACAUGCCAGAAGAUCUUGCCGGCGCACAUGGUUCCUGAUCUCAUUUUUCCCGUCACUUCCAUCCCGUUGACUCAAACUUCGGCCAAGGCCGAUGUCAAGCUCUUGGGGGCACUGUUCUCGUCCGUUCCUGUUUCUCGAUUGAUGGCCGGUGCUCAAAAGCCGGGUGUUGCUUCGACGAGCAGCAAUCGGCCUAUGACAACGGAAGAGCAACAGAUUGCGGAAGUACUCAAGACGAUCGUCAACAAUGAGAGCGUGGAAAUGCGGCCUGAUACUUCCAUCUUCGAGCUUGGCAUUGAUAGCCUCAGCGCCAUUAGCUUGUUCAUGAAGCUCAAGGAGAUUGGCUACGAGUGCAGUGUUGCUAAUGUGCUCACGCAUCCCAUGGUCGAGCAACUUGCUCAGCUCCCAAGGAAAGAAGCUGGAGGCUCCAACAUCAACAAGACACGUCAAGAGCUCGCACAAGUCGACGCUGAAUACCGUGCGGAUCCCACUGUUCCCGUCCCUUCCAAUCUGGUCCAGGUUGUCAGGCCGUGUCUGCCCUUGCAAGAAGUAAUGGUCGCUCGAUCUAUCGACAGCGGUGAUGGUGCUGAUUCGUUCUACGUCAACCAUAUAAUGCUAGAGAUCGCUUGUGCUGUGGACAUAUCCAGAUUUUGCAAAGCCUGGAAAGACACUGUCACGGAGAACGAGAUCCUUCGGACCUGCUUCUGGUUCUCUGGCGACCACUUCCGCCAGGUCGUGCUCGAGCCCGAGGCUUGCAAUAUUGAAUGGAACUCGGUCAGGGCACAAGACCAGACCCCUAUCCAGGCACUGUUGGAGAAGGAGUAUCCGCGAAUCCGUACGGAUAUUGUUCAGAACAUUUCCUGCCAGCCGCCAAUCAGGUUUACGUUUGGCGUCUCUCAGGGCGGACAACGCUCUACGCUCCUUGUGUCGGUCCAUCAUGCCCUAUAUGAUGCCGAGUCCCUCCACAUGCUGUUCCAGGAAGUCCAUCGCCGCUAUGAUGGCGUUGUUGCUGAGCCGCGCCCAAGCCUCAACUCCCUUCUUGAGUACAUCGGCUCGCGUGAUAAAGAAAACACGAAGAAGCACUGGCAGUCUUUGUUGAAGAACUGGGAACAGACUCGCCUCAUUGCGCAGCCAGACCAAACAGAAGGCCCGGAACAGGCCAAGGCUGUCAUUCUCAAGCCCAAGGCCUUGGGUACAAGUCUCUCGGCUCUGGAAGCUACGGCAUCCCGUCUCAAGCUGACGGCCGCCGCAGUGAUGCAAACUGCCUUCGGCACAGCGCUAGCCCAGAUGCUCGGCACCAAUGACGUGAUAUUCGGCUCCGUUCUCUCUGGCCGUGCUGUGCCUGUUAAAGAAGUGGAAAACAUCCUGGUGCCCUGCAUCACGACAAUCCCUCAGCGCGUGAACCUGCGCUCCUCGGGCCCGACCCUGCUUGAUGCCUGCAAUGCGUUCCAAAAUCUGAGCUACGAAUCGCUUGAAUACCAGCAUAGCUCAGCUAGGGAUAUCCAAGCGUGGGUCGGUGCGGAUAGGCCGCUGUUCGACUCGCUUUUCUCGUUUAUUAGACCUAGGGGAAAGCCGUUCGACUUCAAGCUCUGGAAGGAAAUUGAGAGCGACAUGCCGAUGGAUUCGUCACUUGCGGUUGAGGUUGAGGCGGACUCGGCGACUGACCAGUUAAUGAUCGGCGUCGGGUGCACACCUUCGUUCGGCGAUGCAGCCAAGGCUAAUGAACUGCUGGAAAAAAUCGAGAUGCUCGUCGAUGCCAUUCUUGGUGGCGAACACCUGAGUCUGGCAGAUAUCGGUAUCUCGACAGAGGCAAGCAGUGAGGUCGCUGCGAGGACCAUUUGGGAUGAGUCUACGUGGUCCGAGCAGGAAGAGGAGGUCAGACGGCUUGUUGCUGGGUUUGCGCAAGUUUCCCCUGAUAAUGUGCGCAAGAAUACGUCUUUCCUCCAUAUCGGUAUCGAUUCUAUCACUGCGAUCAGAUUCGCACGCACGCUGCGCGAGAACGGGUACAAUGUCUCUUCUGCAGAUGUUAUGCGGAACAGCUGUAUCGGAGCCUUGUGUGACAGCUUCAAAAUGUCUGCUCCCAAGAAAACGGAGAUUGCAGCCGGGCAAGGUGCCACGGUUGAGCCAGAGCAGUCGGCAGUGGAUGUUCCGGCGGACUUGGAUCUUUUGGAUGGAGAUAGCGUUGAGGCGAUCUAUCAUUGUACGCCCUUGCAGGUCGGCAUGCUGACACAGACGCUCGGUAUUGAUGGCAGGCUCUAUGUCCAUCACCAUGCUCUCCAUCUUGAGGCUGGCACAGAUGCUACGCGCUGGAAGGAGGCUUGGUAUAAGACCGUUCAGCAACUCGAUGUUCUUAGGACCUCGUUCCAUACAUCAGCUUCCCAGUGGAUUGCGGUUGUCCAUGGCAAGGAACUUUGUCCCUGGAACGAAGUCCAGACCGAUGGCUUUAAGAGCGCACUCCAAGGUCUGCAAGACACAACAAUCUUCACGGAGGCUAGUCAGUUCGGACAGCCUCCCGUUAAGGCUACUUUGUUCACCGAUUCUUCCUCUUCCAUUUUGUUCGUGGUGUCCAUGCACCAUGCGCUUUAUGAUGGCAUGUCUGUUCCUCUCAUUUUCCAGCAGCUAACCGACAACUACCUCCAAUUGCCUAUUUCUGCCUCUACACCAUUCUACAAAGCGGCUCAGAUGAUGCACACAAACAAAGAAGCCGCAGUGACGCACUGGAGCAGCAAGUUGGAAGGAUACAGGAGCAUCAACAUCCCACUUACCGAAGAAGAGCAAAGCAGUGAGCGUCUAAACCUUGCCAGCAUCACAGCAGCCGUUGGCGGUUCUGGAAUUGGGUUCAGCCUGCAGACGAUCGCGCUGCUCGCCUUCACCAAAACCCUCAGCUGCCUGGUCGAACGCAGAGACGUGGCAUUCGGCGUCGUGCUUGCCGGGCGCAACCUGCAGCUCGAAAACGCCGACACGAUCAUCGGCCCAACGUUCAAUACCGUGCCUUACCGCGUCCGCUUGGCCAACCCGCUCUCGCCUAACCAGCAUGAGCUCGAGAAACUCCAGCAGCAGAUGCUCGACGGCAUCGAGUUCCAGCACGCGUCGUUUGUGGACGUGCAGAACCGCUGGCGUCAAGCUGCCGGCGAUGCGACUCUCACGGAUAGUCUGUUCGUUUUCCAGAAGGUUAAUUCGGGCCGCGAAAGUGUCUCGCGGGGGUUGUGGAGGCCAUAUGAGACGGAAGAGGUGUCGAUUCCGUCGGAGUACAGCUUGAACUUCGAGGUGGAGCAAAAUGACAGCGGCUUGGUUGCGAACGCGUACUCCAAGCUUGGGAAGGCCCGCUUGGAAGCGUUUUUGCAAAUGUUUGGGGACGCUGUUCAGGAUAUUGUUGCUAACCCCGGCCGCUUCGUCACUGCGUUCCCAUCGCCCUUGCGCGGUCUGCUGCUGGAGUCUGGAACUAAGGAGGCUGAAGCCAUCAGUUGGGAUGAUAUUGCGGUCCAGCAUUACGCAGAGCCAAUUCGGCACGCCAUGGCUCAGGUUGUGAACAUCUCCGUCGAGAAGAUCGAUCUUUCAACCAAUAUCUUUUCGAUUGGCCUGGACUCAAUUGCCGCUAUCCAGGUUGCGUCCAGAUGUCGUCGCAGUGCGCACAUCAGGAUCAGUGUGGCGGAUAUCAUCCAAGGUGUCACAUUGGGCCGUAUCUGCAAGGUGGUUUACGAAGCGAACAAGGACGAUGACACGGUCGCUCAGCUUACCGCGCCACUUGUCCGACCUGAAGAUCAGGCUUCCGCAAUCGCUCAUCUGGGAGUUGACGAAAACAACGUCGAAGAGGUCCUUCCGGUCCUCGCUGGCCAAGACUACCACCUUGCCGGGUGGUUGGCGUCGGGGCGUACCAUGUACGAACCAACAUGGGCGUUCAACCCCACCGCACGGCUUGACGAGGAACGUCUCCAUCAAGCCUGGCACAAGCUCCAGGAGAGACACUCGAUCAUGCGCACCGCUUUCGCCGCUAUCAAACCUGAGCAAGCCUUCCAAGUGGUCAUGAAGCCGUCGGCGAUCCUCGACGGCACUUUCACCGUCCAAGCCACUGCGACAGACCUUACCGAAACAGCCAAAGAACACAUCAGGCAAGAAGCGCGCAAGCCAUCCACCCUGUUCACGCCUCCGAUCCGGCUGCACCUAAUCCACAGCGCCGAGGAGGGCGACGCCGUGCUCAUCACAAUGCACCACACGACCUACGACGCAUGGACAAUGUCACGACUCGUCGCGGACCUCACAGCCCUCUACAGCGGGCAGGCACUCUCAGCCGAACCCCCGUCCUUCUCCUCCUUCGUGCACCAUACCCACAGCACGCAGCGCGCACACGACCAAAAAGCCUUCUGGCAAACCACUCUCGCACCCUACAGCACCCCCACACUCCUCACGUGCAAAAGCGCCUUCUCGCCCACCAACCCCACAACCUCACAGCACCAGACCUUCCGCAUGCGCCGCACGCGCACCAUCGACCUCGCGCGCGCCGACGCCGCCGCCCGCGCCGCAGGCCGCCACACGCCCGCGCUGCUCGUGGUGGCGUUUGCGCGCGCGCUGGGCCGCGCCUCAGGCGCCACCAGCCCCGUCUUCGGACUGUACGGGCUAGGGCGCGCGGGCGCGUUCGCGCGCGUCGAGGACGUGUCCGGGCCGGCCGUGAACGUGCUGCCGAUGGGGGUAGCGGAAGCGAGGGGGCGAGGAGCGGGCGCGCUGGCCGACGAAGUGCAGCGCGCGUUGGCGGCGCGGAUGCCGUUUGAGCAGAGCCAGCUGCGGGACGUGGUGGGCUGGGUUGGGGCCGGCAAGCCGCUGUUCAAUGCGUGUUUGAACUUGCUGUGGCGCGAUGAGCUGGUGGUGCUGGGGACGGGGGGCGCAGAUACAGAUGAGGGGACGCAGCCGCCGCCGCCGCUGUUGCGGCCGUGGGCGCUGGGUGUGCCGACGGAUUUUGCGGCUGAGGUUGCGGUUGAGGGGGGGACGGCUGUGGAUGCGUUGGAGAGGCGGUUUUUGUCCAGCGAGAACUUGUUUGUCGAUCUUGGGCCGGAUUGGGAGGGGAAUGCGAUUCGCUUCGGCGCGAGGGCCGAUCGUGCGCUGUUGGAUGAGGAGGGGAUGGAGUGGUUUUUGGGGCUGUUGGAGGAGGAGAUUGGGGGGGUUGCGGGGGAGAUGAUGGAGUGAGGCGGGUGGUUGUAGUGGGUUGUGUGUGGGCUUGGUUGUCUUGUUCUUGUGCUGCUUUGUCUUUGAUUUUGAGGUUUUAUAGUCUUAGGGAGAUAGGGUAGGUGCAGGACGAUUUGCAUAAGUACCUUUUUAUUGCAUCGCGUAUUAUUAGUCCUUAAAAACAAGAUAUGUAUAUACACGGCGUAUACUACCU